CAUGAACAUGUCUUCAGUCAGCGCAACGUAUUUUGGUGUUUAUUUUUACUCUUGCAAGUUUCGCUGGCGAGAUUUCUAGGUCGGCGGUACGCACUCUACACUGGGUAUCGAUUUGGCGAUUACUUCGAGGAGUUUCCAGUAUUUGUUUGUUAUCGCUCCCGCCUUCAUUUCAAUCGGCAUCAAUAUGGCAUCGGGCGCAGCAGCGAACAAUGCGCUUCUCAAUGCUGAAACGGAUUUUGGCUUGGAUUUGCUCCGACAAUCUCCAGCGAAUGCGGAGCUUGUCGUUUCUCCAGUUUCCAUCAUUCUUGCACUGACAAUGGUCCAGGCUGGUGCGAAAGGAAAGACAAAAGAGCAAAUCGAUGGAGUUAUAGCAAAAGGUGAGAAAAGCGCUGUUUGUCGUACAUGGUAA